AUGAGAUUUGCUGUAACUUUACAUCUAGGAAAAUUGUUUUUCCCACAACUACAUAAGCACUAUUGGAGUCGAAUGUAAAAGUAGAACGAUCGAGCUAGGAGAUAAAAGAGUAAGAAUCCAACUAUGGGAUACAGCAGGCCAGGAAAGAUAUAGGACUAUUACUAGCAACUUUUACAGGGGUUCUCAUGGAAUCGCUGUUGCCUAUGAUGUCACUGAUAGAAACUCUUUUAAUAUGGUCACAUCAUGACUUGCUGAAAUUGCAAAAAACUCUUCUGAUAACUCUAUAACAGUGAUCAUUGCCAAUAAAAUUGAUAUGAUAAACCAUAGACAAGUGACCGAAGAAGAAGGCAGAAACCUAGCAGAGUCUCACAAACUUCACUAUUUCGAGACCUCAGCCAAAGACGGCAGUGGUGUCGCCGAAGCUUUUAGAUUCAUGGCCUCCAAAAUCGUAGCAAGCAUGGAAAUAAAGCCUGACUACAUCAAAAGAAGUAAAGAAAGCUUCAUGAUCAAAAGAAUGGAAAAAGAGCCAGCCAAAAAAGAAAAGUAAACUCUAUAUAUAGAACUUUCUCUUCAAUAGCGCGAUAAGGCGCAUUCCUAGGUUUUACCGGAGGGUCUUGGACAUAUGGAAACCUGCUAUUCAUUAUUCAUGGGGGAGACAAACAGCCUAAAUAAAGAAUUGCGCCUGAUCAAUCUCGAGAACUUGAAGAGAGGCUGUGUGGAAAAUUUACAUUUUGGUUCGUCAAAUGGAUCUGACGAGCCAAUUCUGACCAGUACUUGAAAUAAAAAAUGAUAGUUGCCAGAAUUUUAUUAAUUUUCUGAUGAAGAGUAUGAUCAGAAUUUUUAAUAAUUCCUUUUGACAAUAAAAUUCAAAAAUCAAACUUUUAAUAUAAGAUUUGAAGAGAUAAUUAAAUCGUUAAAAUAACGUAAUGAAAACUCUUUACUGCCUUAGGGAGACGAUGCCAGUAAUGAUUUUUAAAUUUUGACUUUUUUCAUAUUGACUUAACCACCUUAAUAAUUUUUUAAUUUUUUAAAAAUCCAAACCUUUAAUAGAAGAUUUAAAGAGAUAAUUAAAGCAUAAAGUAAAGGUAAUGAAUACUCUUAACUGCCUUACGGAGACGAUGCCAGUAAUGAUUUUUAAAUUUUGACUUUUUUCAUAUUGACUUAACCACCUUAAUAAUUUUUUAAUUUUUUAAAAAUCCAAACUUUUAAUAGAAGAUUUAAAGAGAUAAUUAAAGCAUAAAGUAAAGGUAAUGAAUACUCUUAACUGCCUUAGGGAGACGAUGCCAGUAAUGCUUUUUAUAAUUUGAAUUUUUCAUAGCGACUUAAUUAAUUACUUGAUCCUGUGCCAUUUAUUAAAAUUCUGAUCAUACUCUUCAUCAGAAAAUUAAUAAAAUUCUGGCAACUAUCAUUUUUUAUUUCAAGCACUGGUCAGAAUUGGCUCGUCAGAUCCAUUUGACGAACCAAAAUGUAAAUUUUCCACACAGCCUCUCUUCAAGUUCUCGAGAUUGAUCAGGCACAAUUCUUUAUUUAGGCUGUUUGUCUCCCCCAUGAAUAAGGAAUAGCAAGUUUUCAUAUGUCCAAGACCCUCCGGUAAAACCUAGGAAUGCGCCUUAUCGCGCUAUUGAAGAGAAAGUUCUAUAGAUGCUGUUAG